AUGGAGGCAGCCUCAGCUUCUUGCAAGGAGACAAAUGGCCCCGUAAACCCAUUGUGGGAUCGAUGGUUUGAAGGACAAGAAGAUUCAUCAGGGUCUUUUAUUUUUCAGCUAUGUGAACUUAAGAUCAUUGAAGAUUCUCUGAUACAUGAAUGGAUUAUGAGUGCAGCUGGCGAGUUUAGCCACGUCCCACUUAGGAGCACUCCAACUGGUUGUAGAGCACUCUGCUUCAGUUUUGGAAUCCUGUUUGUCAGUACCACAGGAACCACUAUACCUGAAAAAGUUCCUACCGAAGAGCUGGAACAACUUGAGAAAAUGGAGGCAGCCUCAGCUUCUUGCAAGGAGACAAAUGGCCCCGUAAACCCAUUGUGGGAUCGAUGGUUUGAAGGACAAGAAGAUUCAUCAGGUUGCGGAUGUUGGCUACUGUGAUCAUUUUAUUAUGCUGGUUUCCAAUUUUUCAUUAGUUUUUGGCCAGAGGUUUCAAGAAUUGGUACCUUUCAGCAUGUCACAAGUAUGAAGCAUCAAAUGAAGAAAUGUUCCAUUGUGCAGAAAAUAAAAUUAAUUUUUCUUUUGUUUUGACCAAUCAAAGCUGAUUGGCCUCUCGGGGAUUCCGGUUCAUUUUUAUUUUUUUUUCCAACUGAUGUUGAAUGCAGUGCGACAUGAACAUAGUUUCUUUUAACAAUUGAAAGGGAAAAAAAUAACAAAAAUGGUUUCUUUUAACAAUUCUUUGUUGUCAAAAUCCUAUGGACCCAUUGAAA